AUGUCGGAAGAGAAAACGUACAAGCGUGUGGAGCAGAACGAUCCUGUGCCCGAACUGGACAUCAAACAGGGCCCCGUAAGAUCCUAUAUCGUUACCGACCCAAGUGCCGAAUUGGCUUCAUUGCGGACUAUGGUCACUCUAAAGGAGAGGCUGUUGGUGGCCUGUCUGGCUGUCUUUACCGCGGUUAUCAGAUUGCGCAGCCUCGCCUGGCCAGACAGCGUGGUGUUUGAUGAAGUGCAUUUUGGAGGGUUUGCCUCGCAAUACAUUAGGGGCACUUACUUCAUGGAUGUGCAUCCGCCCCUUGCUAAGAUGCUGUAUGCCGGCGUGGCAUCGCUUGGUGGUUUUCAAGGUGAUUUUGAUUUUGAGAACAUUGGCGACAGCUUUCCGGCUACUACGCCAUAUGUCUUGAUGAGAUUUUUCUCAGCCUCUUUGGGGGCCCUUACUGUGAUUUUGAUGUACAUGACUUUGCGUUACUCUGGUGUUCGUAUGUGGGUUGCGUUCAUCAGUGCUGUUUGCUUUGCCAUUGAGAACUCGUACGUCACUAUUUCUCGUUACAUUCUAUUGGACGCCCCACUGAUGUUUUUUAUUGCCGCUGCUGUAUACUCUUUCAAGAAAUACGAAAUGUUCCCAGCCAACUCACUCAAUGCCUACAAGUCUUUGCUGGCUACCGGUAUUGCACUUGGUAUGGCUUCUUCAUCCAAAUGGGUUGGUCUUUUCACAGUUGCGUGGGUGGGGCUCCUAUGUAUUUGGAGAUUGUGGUUCAUGAUUGGAGACUUGACCAAGUCUUCCAAGUCCAUCUUUAAAGUAGCAUUCGCCAAAUUGGCUUUUUUACUAGGUGUUCCCUUUGCUCUUUAUCUGGUUUUCUUUUAUAUUCAUUUCCAAUCUUUAUCCUUGGACGGCGAUGGUGCAAGUUUCUUUUCCCCUGAAUUCAGAUCUACGUUAAAGAACAAUAAGAUUCCACAGAACGUCAUCGCUGAUGUCGGUAUUGGUUCCGUUGUCAGUUUACGUCAUCUCUCUACGAUGGGCGGUUAUUUGCAUUCUCAUUCACACAACUAUCCAGCUGGUUCGGAACAACAACAAAUCACUUUAUAUCCUCACAUGGAUGCCAAUAAUAAUUGGUUGUUGGAGCUCUACAACGCACCUGGCGAAUCUUUAACAACUUUCCAAAACCUAACUGAUGGUACAAAGGUCAGACUCUUCCAUACAAUUACUCAGUGUAGAUUGCAUUCUCAUGACCAUAAACCACCUGUUUCCGAAAGCAGUGACUGGCAAAAGGAAGUCUCUUGUUACGGCUACAGUGGAUUCGACGGUGAUGCUAAUGAUGAUUGGGCUAUUGAAAUCGAUAAGAAGAACUCUGCUCCUGGAGUUGCUCAAGAGCGAGUUAUAGCUUUAGACACCAAAUUCAGAUUGAGGCAUGCCAUGACCGGUUGUUAUUUAUUUUCUCACGAAGUCAAAUUACCAGCUUGGGGGUUCGAACAACAAGAGGUUACAUGUGCCUCUUCUGGUAGACAUGAUUUAACGUUGUGGUACGUCGAAGAUAACAGCAAUCCAUUGCUACCAGAAGACACUGAGCGUGUUUCUUACAAGCCAGCAAGUUUCAUUUCCAAGUUCAUUGAAUCCCAUAAAAAGAUGUGGCAUAUCAAUAAAAACUUGGUUGAUUCUCAUGUCUAUGAGUCUCAACCAACUUCAUGGCCAUUCAUGUUACGUGGUAUUAGUUACUGGGGUGAAAAUAACAGAAGCAUUUAUUUACUAGGUAAUGCUAUUGUGUGGUGGGCUGUCACCGCUUUCAUCGGUAUUUUUGGGUUGAUCGUUAUCACUGAGUUAUUUUCAUGGCAAUUAGGUAAACCAGUCCUACAAGAUUCCAAGGUUGUCAACUUCCACGUUCAAGUCAUUCACUACUUAUUAGGUUUUGUCGUCCAUUACGCGCCAUCAUUCUUGAUGCAACGUCAGAUGUUUUUGCAUCAUUAUCUACCUGCCUACUACUUCGGCAUCCUUGCUCUAGGCCAUGCCUUGGACAUAAUAGUCUCUUAUGUUUUCCGUAGCAAGAGACAAAGGGGCUAUGCGCUGUUGAUUACCUUCCUUGCUGCUUCAAUGUAUUUCUUCAAGAGUUACAGCCCAAUUAUUUACGGAACCCCAUGGACUCAGGAAUUGUGUCAAAAAUCGCAAUGGUUAUCUGGAUGGGAUUACAACUGUAACUCCUACUUUUCUUCUUUUGAAGAAUACAAAAACCAAACUUUGACUAGACGUGAAUCUCUACCUGCUGCCACCAGUACGGUUGAAGAAACUACUAUAGAAGGAGAUGCUGCGUCAUAUGAAAAACUUAUGAACGAAGAGGGCAAGAAAAUCUUUAAAGACACAGACGGGAAUGAAUUAGAUCCUGAAGUCGCUAAAAAGAUGUUGGAAGAGGAAGGUGCCAACAUUUUAAAAGUAGAAAAGAAAGCAGUUUUGGAAUAA